GAAAACGCAACCAUUUGCCACUCUGGUUAAAGCUCUGGGUAACAGAUGAUCUGAUUUAAAAGGAAUCAACGCAAGAACCUGCUUAUUCCUGAGAGAAGAUUGUUGUUGGCAUGAUUAAGUGAAGAAACAACUGCACCAUGGCUCUGAAUGCAACUCGGCUGGAUAAUGUAACCCUGGGGAUGUUCACUAACAGUACAGUGAGCUACACCCUUUCUGCUGUCUACAUUAUUGUGUUCUGCAUCAACUUACCAGGCAAUGGGUUCUCCCUCUGGCUGCUUUUGUUCCAUACUAAACCCAAGACGCCUUCCAUUAUUUUUAUGAUAAACCUCACCGUCACUGACCUGGCACUCUGCAUGUUCUUACCUUUCCAGAUUGCCUAUCAUAUCAAUGGCUAUGACUGGAUCUUUGGGGAGACCCUCUGCAGUUUGGUGUCUGUCAUGUUCUAUUCCAACAUGUACUGCUCCAUCUUGACCAUGACUACCAUCAGUGUAGAGCGCUACUUUGGAGUGGUGCACCCAAUGCGUUUUGACUGCAGGAGAACCCGAUAUGCAUUAGCAACCUGCUUGGGAAUGUGGGGCAUUGUUUUGCUUGUAUUGUACCCUUUGGUGAGCACAGACUUGACAUAUCGGGUUAAGGAGCUCAACAUUACAACCUGUUUUGAUGUCCUCAAAAAAGACAUGCUCCCAUCGAUGGGGGCAUGGGCAGCAUUUCUGUUUACGCUGUUCGGCGUCCUGUUCCUGAUUCCGUUCCUUUUAACAGUUUUCUGCUACACUAGGAUCAUCCUGAAGCUUGUCAAAACCAGCAAGUAUGGCAGUGCACAGAAGAAAAGAGCCGUCUAUCUGGCUGCCAUGGUGCUUUUUGUAUUUAUUUCCUGCUUUGCACCAAAUAACCUCAUUCUUCUUGCCCAUAUGAUUGGCAAGCUUUUUUACAACAAGUCUUACUACCCGGCUUAUAAGCUGACUCUCUCCCUUAGCUGCUUGAACAGUUGCCUGGAUCCCUUUAUUUACUAUUUUGCUUCCAAAGAAUUUCGGAGAAAGUUUCGGCAUUUAUUGAGUAUGCAAGCAAACAACAGCAAUACCAACACAGUGCACUUCAGAAAAGAGAGCUUUUUGUCAGCUGCAUCUUUGUCACAAGGGCAGGCAGAUGAUGAAGUGGAUCUGAGGUCAUCAAUUUAUAAGAGGAAAGCAAGUUUUUUUUAGAAGCCUCUGAGUUACAUGCCCUUACCUUGAACUUCCAAACCUACUCACUCAGAAAUAUUGAGGAAGAACAAAACAUUGUGCACAAGAAGCUAAAUAAAAUCUUGGACUAGGCCAUAACGAAACACGUUGAGGCCCCCAUAUUAACAUUGUCUGUAAAUCGCAUCACAAACAAUAUCACAGCAGUGACCUUAGAUAGUCGACUGAGCAACCAUCAUGCUUUCAGUGUUCAGCUGUUUUCAGAUGUUUUUAUUGCACCAAGACAAUUUCAUGCAUCAACUGAAUUAAAGAACAAAGCAUUACGAAAGUAUGUCUAGUUAUAGUAUUGAAUGUUUAAACAUGUGUGCAAAUGUUUAUUAAAACUGCACCUCCAUGUUUCUAAAAAUGUUUUGCAAGGGAACAUGAAAACUUUUAAAAAUGAUUAUACUUUGAAGCAGUUUUGAGAAAUAAUGCAUUACCUCUAAUACAUUACUGUAAUUUGUUUCCUUUUUCAGAUAAGUAACGAAAUGUGGUAACGGAUUACAAUUUAUGUAAAAAACAAUAACGUAGUUACCUUUAGUUAGUAUUGCGUAACAUGUCAAAUAUUGUCAGAGCAAUCCAAUUAGAUUUUUUUUUUAUGUGCUUUAUCUGCUGUAAAUAGUGGUGUGUGUGUGUGUGUGUGUGUGUGUGUGUGUGUGUUAGGUUGGCAGGGAUGGGUUUAAAUCUGUCCCUGCCAACAAUCAAGGGUGUGGACAUUCCCCAGUUCGGUAAUUGAUGCUAAUUGGGGAGUGGCCACAUGUAUAAAGGAAGCAAAACCCUUUGUUUUAGGGCGGAGGGCGGAGGGCAGAGGAUUUUUGUAUUGUGCAGCAAUGUGGUAGUGAAGGUUAAUGCCCAGCCUAGUCAUAGUUUUUUUUAUUUAUUUUUUUUUAUUUUAUUUUGGCCCCCGUACCGUGUUUACUUUGUUCAUGUGUUUUGUGUUGUUUUGUUAAUAAACAUGCUCAACCUUGGUCUAAUUCCUGCCAGCAGAAGCAUUCAAUGGGGUUACUAUUUUAUGAUAAUAUCUAUUUUAAAAACAGGAACUGUGGAGUUUUUUUAAAUGUUUUAGCAAAGUGCUGUUCCUGUUGGCAAUGCUCCAUUAACUGUCUUUUCUUUAACAUCGCAAUGGCUUAAAGUGCUGAAUGCUGUCACUUUCAUGUUUAACUGCAUACAAAUGUAAUUGGAUAUUUUUCAGAAUCAGUAAAAAAUGUUUUUAAAAAGCUGUCAAAAAAUUGUAAAUUUUUCUUGUACACACCGAUGCUUAAAUCAUAAUCAUAGUUUUGUCAUAUACCAUGCUGUUAAUGUCUGUGUUAUACCAAGGACAUAUUUCUCAACUCCAGCCCUAACUCUGCCUAACCAAGCUUACCACAGAUUUAU